AUGCAACUACUACCAGUACUGCUGUUCCCAGUGACACUGAGCCAACUAUCACUGAAGAACCAUUUGGGGAAACAGGCUUACACUCAUCACAAACUCCAAAGGUCCCUGGAGGCGUCAAUGCAACUACUGCCAGUACUGCAGCUUCAACUCCCUGGAGGCAUCAAUGCAACUACUGCCAGUACUGCAGCUUCAAGUGAGACAAAAGAAACUACCGCAGAAAAAUCCUCUGAAGAGCCAAGUUUAGCCUCAUCAGAAACUCAAAAUCUUCCAGGGGAGUUCAAUCUAACUUCUACUGUGACACUGAGCCAACUAUCACUGAAGAACCAUUUGAGGAAACAGGCUUACACUCAUCACAAACUCCAAAGCUCCCUGGAGGCGUCAAUGCAACUACUGCCAGUACUGCAGCUUCAAGAUCGCAGCAGUAGCAGUAGCAGUAGUAGUAGCAGCAGCAGUAGUAGUAGCAGCAGCAGCAGCUAUAAUGACGCCACGACAAGCGAAGAAGCAUCUCAUCCAGGCAAGUGGUCUGAACGUAGGCGGAUGGUAUUCCUAAGGCAGGCAUCGCGCAUGCUUCACAGAGGACACCAUGCCAAAGACGCCACUAACACAAAUGAAAACUACCGUCAAGAAUGA